AGGAGAAUGUCGUAAAAUAUUAAUGCAUUGCGAGGAAAUAUCGAACGACUGCACGCGCGCAGGUGCAUAAUCUGUGAAAUCGACGCGAUCGACGGACAGCGCAAAAAUGGCGAGUCAAACCGUAAAGAAGGAACUUCUGGAGGAGACUCUACAUCAUCAUCCGGAAGGUAGCGAGGAGGAAGUGGAUAAAGAAUGGGAGGAGUUCACGAGACUAAUGGCGAAGUUAAAGGAAAAUCGGCGGAAUCGACCACACAGACCGUCGCAAGCUUUUUAUCCGUGUCCUCCAGCAUAUGCUGAUGAAGAGCAGCAAGAGUUCGAUCCUUUCGACUAUAUUAACACGAUUAUGUAUGGUCGCUAUACGAAGGAUCUGGGUGAGUACGCGAAGGAAGAGGCACGCAAACUCAAAUAUCAAGAAAAAGCGAGACGAAAAUAUGAUAAAACAAGGGCCGAAGAUCUACGGAAAUCGAGGCGAGGUCCUUUGUGCCGGAAGCUAUUGGCUCUGCUGGCCUUCAUCUGGAAACAUACCGGCGCCCGGCUAGGCGAGGACUGGAUUUUCCUUGCCCUCCUCGGUAUUAUUAUGGCUCUCAUCAGUUAUGCCAUGGAUCGUGGAAUUUCCAUGUGUAAUAACGCCAGGAUAUGGCUCUAUCAGGAUCUUACAACGCAUCCGGCUUUCAAGUACCUAGCCUGGGUGUCCAUGCCAGUGUGCCUUAUUCUCUUUAGCGCUGGCUUCGUGCACAUUAUUGCACCUCAAAGUAUAGGCUCGGGCAUCCCAGAAAUGAAGACCAUUCUACGCGGUGUGGCGUUGAAAGAAUAUUUGACUUUUCGUACUUUGGUUGCCAAGGUGAUCGGCUUGACGGCAACUUUAGGCUCAGGAUUGCCACUCGGUAAGGAGGGUCCAUUUGUGCACAUCGCCAGCAUCGUCGCAACGCUCCUCUCCAAAUUAGUCACGAGCUUCCAGGGCAUCUACGAGAACGAGAGCAGGAAUUGUGAGAUGCUGGCCGCGGCUUGCGCGGUGGGUGUCGCUUCCUGCUUUGCAGCCCCAAUCGGUGGCGUCCUCUUCAGCAUCGAGGUCACCACAGUGUAUUUCGCAGUCAGGAAUUAUUGGCGUGGUUUCUUCGCCGCAGUCUGCGGUGCUACGAUGUUUCGUCUACUGGCAAUCUGGUUUCAGCGCGAAGAGACCAUCACAGCGAUGUUUGCCACCAAUUUCACUAUGGAGUUCCCUUUCGAUCCACAAGAGCUCCUCGUCUUCGCCCUGAUCGGUGUUGGCAGCGGGCUAUUGGGCGCCUUUUACGUCUGGCUACAUAGGCAAUAUGUGAUCUUCAUGCGGAAAAACAAGAGCAUGAACAGCUUCUUACAGAAGAAUCGUUUUCUGUACCCCGGCAUUGUAUCUCUGAUAGUCUCAUCUGUGUCAUUUCCCGUCGGGCUCGGCCAAUUCAUGGCUGGUGAUCUGAACACGCACGAUCAAGUUUUCGGGCUUUUCACUAACUUUACUUGGACCAAGGAGAAUCUCAGCGUCGAGGAGAUGAAUAUCGUGAAGCAUUGGUCGACAUCAUAUACCGAUGUCUUCAGUGGACUUUUCAGUUUUGUUUUAUUCACUUUCAUCUUUUCAAUUAUAAGUUCAACGGUACCGGUACCAUCUGGAAUUUUUAUUCCCGUAUUCAAGAUUGGUGCUGCGCUAGGCAGAACGGUUGGUGAAGCCAUGGCUCUUUGGUUUCCCACUGGUGUACGUUAUGGCGGAGUAAUUACACCCAUUGUACCAGGUGGAUAUGCCACAGUGGGCGCGGCUGCGUUCUCCGGCGCGGUGACGCAUACAAUAUCCGUUAGUGUCAUCAUUUUUGAGAUGACCGGUCAGAUCACACAUAUUGUACCCAUAAUGAUAGCAGUGCUGAUCAGCAAUGCCAUCGCCGCGCUCUUACAGCCUAGUAUAUACGACAGCAUCAUUCUUAUCAAGAAAUUGCCUUACUUGCCUGAUCUACUUCCAUCCAGUUCAGGAAUGUACAAUGUUUACGUGGAGGAUUUCAUGGUCCGCGAUGUCAAAUACAUAUGGCAUGGUAUUAGUUAUCAGAAACUGAAAGACAUAUUAAAAGAAAAUCGCAAGCUUCGCGGAUUUCCAUUGGUGGAUAAUCCGGACUCCAUGAUUCUACUUGGAUCGAUCCAGCGAUUAGCACUAGUCAAACUUAUCGAGAAGCACAUCGGUCGCGAGAGAAGAUUGCAGGUUGCACAAAAAUGGCACAAGGAGGCGGAGGAGAGAGCACGCGAAGAAAUAGAACGACAGCUGAGGGAGCAGGAGAGGACGAGAAGACCUUCGAGAUUUGAGGUCAUCCCGGCACCGGACAUUCUCAAGAUGCAGAGGCAGAGUGUUAAUGAUCUAACGAUGUCAGCAAACAACGGCAGCGGUCCCGAUCAUCAUACGUUCCAUUCACCGGUGUUUGGAUCGCAACCGAAAAAGUCAAUUUUGAAGAAGACUAAUUCUUUCACUCUUAAGGGAUUCAGCCCGUUAGUAAGUCCGGCGGUGACACCUUAUACGACAGUUACAGGCGCGGAAAGCAGAAUUCGUUUGGCGUUCGAGGCGAUCUUCCGUAAGUCCGCCACGUUGCAAGACGUGGAUCCUGAUCCGGAGUUGGGUACCAGAGGGAGUCAAGAUGUCAUGAACGUGCAGUCUCAUACGCCCAUGCUGGCCCCAAGUCCGGCGACAUCGAAGAAAGUACAAUUGCCUCGAGAGAGAGUGAUAGACAUGUCGGCCGAAGAUCAGAAACGAUGGGAGGAAAGCGAGAUGGCACUCGAGGUAGAUUUCUCGAGGUGUCAUAUUGACCCAGCUCCUUUCCAGCUGGUCGAAAGAACGUCCUUGCUCAAAGUGCACAGCCUCUUCAGUAUGGUCGGUGUGAAUCACGCUUAUGUAACGGCUAUCGGCAGGCUGGUCGGAGUAGUUGCGUUGAAGGAGCUCAGGAAAGCCAUUGAGGACGCGAACGCUGGUAUCCUGCCGAUGCAUCCUGAAUCACACAUUGCUGAGUCGCUCUCGAGCCUGGCGAGAAGCGAGACGGACACGGAGAGCAACAAAAACAUCAACACGAUAAACUCUAUAAACUCCGUGGAUUGCGAGAAAGUGGACAAAGUCUGAGGGUUUUGCCGUGUCAAAAUCGAAAGCAAAAGCUUAUAUUGUGAUAGCCGCGUCGCCAUAAUCGCGUGAUGCGGCCCAAAUAAUGCGAGAGCCGUGUUUUAUCUAAUUUUCCUUUAUUCCUUCCUUGUUUCCCCUUUCACGCGUUUCGAGAGCGACGGAGUCGUUAUGUGCGAGUAACGCGUAAUGAUAUUCUCUCAAACACAUCUCUCGUACUUAAGCCUUAAGGUGAGCGAAAUAAUGAAAGUCCCAAGACAAGACGCGAAUGCGCGAAAUAGUAUUAAGCGUUGCAGUUCCGUUUCGGAAUUUCUUAUUUCGUUCUAACAUAAUGUUAUGUGAAAUGCGAUCCCUGAUAGUAUCCACAUUCAUAUACGCGGAUUAUUUUUAUCGGAUAGAUAGAUAUAUUCGCACAUCGAGAUUCGUUUCUUAAUGGAUGAUUUAAAUCGUUUUAUUUGGAAACCUCGUGAAACACGUAUGUUUUUUCGUUAUACAUUUUAUUAGAAUAACAUUUGCACGAUACAAGAACACGCGCGAAGUCUGGACUGGAAUCAGAUGGAUUUUCGUAUUCUUGGUAUCGAGUUGAGAGUACCUUUAUGAAAUAUGCUGAAUCGCGAAUUUAUCGUUUCUAUCGACAAGCGACAAGGUAAGUUUUUUAAAUGGCUGAACGGAUCUCUCGAUGGAGCGAAAGUGAUUUGUAGUGCCAAAAGCAGCCACGCUGCACUUUCCCGCGUAAUAAAACGUGCAUAAUUGGACCUAAUAUAAUAUGAUAUCGAUAUACGAGAUCAUUUAGAGUUUCUACGCUGACGCUCCUUCAGCUAAUAAGUAUCUGACCAUGGUUGUGCCAGACUAUUAUUUAUUAAUCGUUAACUAUUGUCAAUUUUAAGUAUACAAGAAGAUCGUCAUGUUGUAGAUUGAACUUAGCAAGAAAAUGCGGACAAUUCUCUUUCAUUCUUCAUGAUACUUAAUUUAGAAACAACCGGGAAAAAUUCCCAUUGGAUUUCUUCUAAAAACUAGCUCAUGUUUAUUUUUACA